AUGAUCGAUACUAAAGCCAUUGGAAAACUUAACAGCAUAUUAAAAUGCAACCAAAGAAAUCACCAAAAAAGUGGAAAGAAAAAUAACACACCACAUAGGGUAGAAAAUGAAAAAUACUUUUCCCGAACAAAUUUGAUAAGAGAAAAAUAUAUUAAAAAAAUAAUAAAUGAAUAUGGAGAUGAUUUAACACAUAUUAUUGAUACUUCAAGCGAUAAAAAUAAUAAAGAAAAAUUAAAACGUAUUCAAAAUAAAAACCAAAAUAACGAUAUUGAAUUUACACAUUUAAAUAACUUUGAAAUAGAUCGCCAAUUAUGCAAAAUUAAAGGAAAAAAUAUAUAUGAAGGAACAGCAGGAAAAAUUAAUGAAGUAAUAAUUGAAACAUUAAAUAAAUCAGGACAAUGUAUAUAUGUGGAAAAUUCUAUAUUUGAAGCAUAUAUAAAAAAAAAAAAAAAUGUAGAUAAAUUAAAUUAUAUAAGGGAAUAUCCAAAGGAAGAAGAUGGAUAUGACACAUUCAUACAUAAUAAUUUAUAUAAUGAUCAUUUAUACAAAAAACAUGAAUCGUUAAUAAAUUUUGAUUACAAUAGAUAUAAUGUUAAUUCUAUAUUUUCAAAUUAUAAAAAUAUAAAAAAAAAGGAACUAAAUAGUGAUAAUAAUACCAUCUUUGAUGAAAACAAUGAAUAUAAUAAUCUAUAUAAAAAUUAUGAAACACAAAAUCAAUUUAAUAACAAUUAUGUCUAUAAAACAAAUAUUAAUAAAUCAUCAAAAAAAAAUAAAAACAAUUAUAAUGACGAAAAUAGUCACUAUAAUGAAACUAUAAAGACUGCUUACAUUUUUGAUCCUUUUGAAUAUGAUGAUCAAAAUAUAAAACUAACAGCAAAUUCAAUCAAAUGUAAUGUACGUGAUUUAAAAAAUGGUACAUAUGUAAUAUCUUAUACUAUUAGAAAAAGUGGUCAAUAUUAUCUCUCCAUAUUUUAUAAAAAAAAACCUGUAGCAAAUACUCCUUACAGUAUUACCAUCAAACCAUCAACACCAUAUCCUCCAAAUUGUCUAGUGUAUAAAUAUAUAAACCACAGGCUAAUCACCCCUAUCAAUAAAACAGGCAAAAAUGAAGCAAGCGAAAAUGAAACAAGCAAAAAUGAAGCAAGCGAAAAUGAAGCAAGCAAAAAUGAACACAAUUGGAAAACAAGAAAUGAAAAAAAUGAUAUAGAAAAUAUUGGGUCAAAAAACAUAUUCCAUCAAACAAUUGAAACACAAUCAAAUACUUCUAACAAUUACAGUAAUAAUGAAAAUGAUACAUUUUAUGAUUCAUCACAAAGUGGGGGAUACAAUUCUGAAUGUAACGAAGAUUCAAAUAAUUGUAAAAAUAUGCAUGUAUUAAAAUUUGAAGAUGAAGAAGAUAAUGAAGAAAAUAAAAAAUUCAACAACUUUUUCAUUCAAUGUUACGAUGCAUAUAAAAAUAAAAUAAAAGACGGAAAUGAAACAUUUGAAGUAACAGGAUUAGGUGAUGUCAAAAUCACAAAAGUAAACAACUUAUCAAAUGGAAUAUACGAAGUUAUAUAUAAAUAUGUAAAAAAAAAUUAUCAAAAAUAUAACAAAGACGAUUUUGUUACACCACCCAACUAUAACACUUAUAGAGAAAUAAAAGUAAAAUUAAAUGGAUGUCAUGUUAAAGGCUCACCAUUUCAAAUAAUUUUAAAAAAUGAUAAAAAAUAUGAAUAUUUAAAUAAAAUAAGAAAUUUAUUACCUAUUAAUAAUAUUAAUGUGUUUAACCCUAUCGCUAGCUUAAAUAACAUAAUUAAUUCAUAUAAAUAUAUAAAAACAAAUUAUUUUACAAAUGAAAAUGGAAAUAUAUUUAUGAAUAUAAAUCCAUAUUACAAAAAUAAAGAACUUGAUAAAAUUUUGAAAAAAGUUGAUGCUAAUCUUAUAUCUAUUAUGUCUAUACCUAUGAAAGAACAAUUAUUUAAUUAUAUACGACAUAUUAAUCGUGAUAAACAUAUAAUUAAAUUAAAAAGUAUAUUAUUUAAAGAAUUAAUUACUUCUCUUUAUAAAAUUAUUAACUGUUCAGAACAAAUUUAUCAGGGAUUAGAAGAAGAUGAACAAAGUUUAGUCAAACUUCGCCAAAUACAAAAUGAUACUAUUAGUGAUGUAAAUACUAUGUACCAAUCUUUGAAAGAUAAAAAUGUACACACAUUACCAUUUGAUUUUUCAAUUAAUGAUAUGAAAUUAUAUGAACAAAAAUUAAAAGAAACAAAAAAAAAACUAUUAGAAAAGCAAAAAGAAUUAAUAGAUAAAUAUACAAACAUCAAAAAUAAAGAACAUCAAUUCUAUAAAGACAGAGAAGAUAUAACUAAACAACUGGUUGAUAAAUAUGAAUUACAUCAAAUUAUGUAUGAUCAAUCAAAAAAUGCUUUAAUGCAAACAAAUGCUAAUUUGAAAAAAAAAACUCUAACCAGUAUUAACCAAGCAUACAAACGAGAAAAAAAAAUGAUUAUGUUUAAAGGGACUAAUAAUUUAGAUGGAAUUUAA